AUGAAAGUUGAAUCCCACGUUAGCAGUGAUUCAGACGAGGACUCUGAAGAUAAUGAGGAGGAGGAUGAAGAAGUGUCUGACAGUGAGAGUUUAGGUGGGACCUCUGCAUUAGAUGACGAACCUAUAACUUCAAAAGCUGACCUUGAACUUCUUGUGGAGCAAGAGAAAAGCAAAGAUGGAGAGGAAUUGAAGAAUACUGCACAAGACACAGUGACUGAGGGAAAUGUGGAUAUAAUGGACCAAUCUAAAAAGAAAAAGAAGAAAAGACGCAGGUUAAUUGGUAUCAACUUAACAAAUUGCAAGUAUGAGUGUGUGCGGCGUGCCUCACGACUUUGUGGACUGAAGGAAGUUGGAGAUGAUGAGGAGUGGACGGCCUACUGGACAGACUGCUCUGUCUCACUGGAGCGUGUAAUGGAGAUGAAGAGGUUUCAAAAAAUCAAUCACUUCCCGGGAAUGAAUGAGAUAUGUAGAAAGGACUUACUGGCAAGAAAUAUGAACAGACUGUUAAAAUUGUUUCCAAAAGAAUACAACAUCUUUCCACGAACAUGGUGCCUUCCUGCUGAUUAUGGUGAUUUCCAGGCCUACUGCCGCACAAAGAAGAACAAAACGUAUAUUUGCAAACCUGACAGUGGCUGCCAAGGCAGGGGCAUUUUUCUUUCUAAAAACAUGAAGGACAUCAAACAUGGAGAACAUAUGAUCUGUCAGCAGUAUGUUUCCAAGCCAUUCCUCGUCAAUGGAUACAAAUUCGAUUUACGGAUAUAUGUGCUUGUGACAUCUUGUGACCCCCUGCGCAUUUUCAUCUACAAAGAAGGGUUGGCACGUUUUGCAACUAUGACUUACACAGAGCCCAGUCACAGCAACCUGGAUGAUGUCUGUAUGCACCUGACCAAUUAUGCAAUCAACAAGCACAGCGAAAACUUUAUACGAGAUGAUGUGACAGGCAGCAAAAGGAAGCUCUCAACAUUAUGGAUAUGGCUGGAAAACAACAAAUAUGACUCAAAUAGACUUUGGGAGGAUAUUGAAGACGUAAUUAUCAAGACUUUAAUUUCUGCACACCCUAUUCUGAAACACAACUAUCGGACUUGCUUCCCAAACCAUAUUGCUGGCAGUGCCUGCUUUGAGAUUCUUGGCUUUGACAUCCUCGUGGACAAAAAGUUGAAGCCCUGGCUGUUAGAGGUGAAUCAUUCACCAAGUUUUACCACCGAUUCACGCCUGGAUAGAGAAGUAAAGGACGCCCUUCUGUUUGAUACUCUUAAUCUGAUCAAUCUCCGGGCUUGUGACAAAAGGAAGGUUAUUGAGGAAGAUAAACGCAGGGUGAAGGAACGUUUACUUCAGCGCAAUCUCCCCAAGGAGACCAAACGUGAGCAGUUUGAAACUUCCCAGGCUGUUUGGUUGGAACAAGUUGAAAAAUAUGAAGACAGCCACUUGGGAGGCUAUCACCGUAUUUACCCACAAGGCAAAGGAGACAAAUAUGAGAAGUUCUUCAAACACAGCGGCUCCUUGUUUCAGGAAACGGCUGCUUCCAAGGCCAGAGAAGAGUGUGCUAGGCAGCAGUUGGAAGAACUUCGACUUAAACAAGAGCAGAAAGAGCUACCCACUGGAAAGAAGAAAAAAGACAUUAAAGACACCCUACAAGGAGAGUCAGCAGGUGAAAAGCCUGUAAAAUACAAGGUGACGAGCAGGCCAUCCGUGCGCAUUGUGUCCAGUGGAUGUAGAACAGCAGAGAGAAAGGAGAUGAAACUAGACUCCAUGAAACCAGUGGACAUUAAUGAACAAGAGGAGUUCGAUAGGCUCCAAGGUCUUCAGCAGAGGGCGAAGCUUAUCAGAAGCCUUGGUAUAGUGGAUCUGCUGCAUAGACUGUUCAGCACUAUGGAGCCCAAAACCCACGACCUAAAGCCACAUGACUACAGUCUCCUAGAUGCUCAAACAAGAUAUCAAACUCAGUUUAACCAAGGUCUGAUAAUGUGCCAGGAUACAGAAGGGAACAUGUCCUAUGUCCCGGUUUCCUGCCAGGGAGGUGCAAUCACAGAGACUGUAGCUCAAGCAAGUGCCACAUCCAACCAUAAUCAUUUUGGGUCUCCAGGAUAUUGUCCUCAUUUUCUUGGUAUAGGGGCACCACCUCCAACACAUUAUGCAUCACGGAGAUAUGCACAUCAAAAAACUUUAACCUAUAAUGGGUUUCAAACAAUGCGAGCAACUGCGAUCGUCAAUGAACUCAACUCCUUUAACAAGCCAGUGAAAAGUGGAGGCCAUAAUAGGCUAACAAGUGCCAAAGCAAAGACAGAGCAGAAAAGUUCACUCUACACGAAACCAACACGCUACAAUGGAACUAUUUCUGGCUCCCUCAAUAACGUACCUUCUAUUGGGAGAGGCAAUGUUGCUCAAUCACCUGGCUGCAUGCUGCCUGCUGUUGGGGGGACUUCGUCUGCUGACCGACCAUUAACAAUUGCAUCAUGCUCGGCUCCGAUUGCUCAGCGACUAGACCAGCCAAGGCAACCAAUCUUCAACUUGAAUAUCAAUUGGUAA